AUGGUAGGCGGACAACACUUCGACUCGUUAUCAGAUCCAGCAUCGCCCAACCAUGCAAGUCAUUCUUCUAUCCAGCGGAUUGUCUGGGCAGAGGAUGAUGAUAAUAAUCAAACUGAUCAAAAGAAGUCCGUUGGCUGGCAUCUGUGUUUGAAAUGCUGUGUUAUUGGAUCAUUACUAGCUGGAAUAGGUUUAGCUAUUGUACUCACAUUCUGGUUGACCUCGAAAACAACUGCAACGGAAACAUUAAUCUCGACAACAUUAACAACAAUAUCAACAACAUCAGCAACAACAUCAACAUCAACAACAUCAACAUCGACAUCAACAUCGACAUCAACAUCAACAUCGACAUCAACAACAUCAACAUCAACAUCAACGUCAACAUCAUCGACAUCAACAUCGACAUCGACAUCGACAUCAACAACAUCAACGUCGACAUCGACAUCAACAACCGCAAUACCAGGUAUGGGACGUAUAGUUCUCUCGAAUAGACAGUAG